AAACUCCAAACAUUUCUAUUUUCAUAUGAUUUUAAAGGUUCCUGAGAUAUUGUUUGGUGGAGGGCAAUUUUUUUCUGAAAAUGUGCCAAAGCCUAUUAUUGCCAGGAUGAAGUUAAUUCAUUCUGUAUGUUGAGCACCAGAAGCUUUAGUGUAUGCUAGCUAAACAGUUAUUAUCUAGUACCAGUGUGUGUUGGACGAAUAUUACGUACAUUAUGAUUUCAUGAAAAUACAAACAGGAACUUUUAGUUGUGAUCACUUCUCAGUGGUGUUGAUUUGUCACAGAAUUCUGUGAUAAAUGAAGAAAACUUCAUUUCAUCAUGGUGACUUAGCUGAAAACAUGGUGCCAGACUCUGAGGAGAUCAGAAAAAUGGCAACAAAGAAAAUGAGGACGGGACUGACAAAAAUCAAGAUGUAUUUGAAGGAGCCCCGGAGUAGUGAUGAAAUGUGGUGUAUUUUCAGAGUGGCUAUCCCAGGAGAACCACCGCCCUCCGAAGAAGAAAAGGCGGGAGAUGAACAGAAACCGGAGCUGGCUAAGAAUGAUGGCAAGGCAGAGGAAAGAAAAUCCGAGAAUUCAUCAGGAGUAGAGGAUGGAAGGGCCAUGGAGCAAAUACAGUUGACAGAACAGAUAGCAAUGGUUCAGGACAUGGUUCAGGAGAUGAAGUUCAGCUUCACGUCGGCCAUGGAGGAGCUAGCUAAGACACAGUAUGGUGACGAAUCCCUACAACAGCAGCUGUCAAACGACCGAGAGAGUAAUCUACAACAAAUCACAGAACUCACCGACCUAGUCAAAAGUCUCAAGUCAGAAGUAGACUCAAUCAAAACUGAGUUGAAUGGAGUUGUAGCCUCACAGAAAACUCUGGAAGAGAAGUUUAAGUCGGAGAAGCCACGUGUCUUGGAGUCUCCAGCCCCAGACUCCACCAGAAAAGAUGUGGGCCCGAUGGUUCAGCCUUACUUAGCAAGUCUUCAUCAACAGAAAGCAUCAGAGGACUGCGACUCCCACUCAGUGACAGCUUUAGCCUGCAAGAGUCUUAAUCUGUCACAGGCCCUACAUGAAAAAUGUCUUCAUCUGGAACUGUCAUCUAGCGAUGAAGAAGAAACUCUCAGAAAUCUGCAGAAUUCUGGAUUCUUCUUGGACAAAGAAGGAAGUUAUUACCUUGAUGAUAAACAUGUUCAUCCACGGAAACUACCUCUCCAUGAAAGGGUGGUGGAAGAAGUACAAAGAGAGAAGGCUGCCCAGGAAGUGGUGGAAGCGGAGAGGUCCUACUGCUCACAGCUUUGGACUCUGAUUGAUGCUUACAUUAACCCACUCAGGCAGGCCGAAAUCAUGACGCCCAGAGAGUUAUCUGCCCUUUUCCCCUCCUACAUCCCUCAGCUGUAUGAACAGCAUUGUCUACAACUGCACAAGAUGGAGGAGAGGCUGAUGAAGUGGAAGAUCUCCGGCAUGUUAGGAGAUGUAUUUGUCAAGAUGCUCGAGAAGCAAGAUGGAGAAGGUUUGGCUCUGUAUAAAGAGUAUAUCAACGACUUUCCUUCCAUCAUCAACAACAUGAACCAGUGGUUUUCACAAUCGCCUCACUUCAAAUCCCUCAUGGGGAGCACCAAUUUAGCUUCUUCCAAUGUCAUUCCCCUGCUGUUGGAACCAUUGCAACAAAUACCAAAAUACUCACUACUGCUAAAGAACCUCUUGAAGCACACCGCAGUGGAUCAUCCUGACAGACAGUAUCUAGAGGCAGCCCUGUACAGUCUGAAAAGCUUUCUGUACAUCAUGAAUAACGACAUUGAGCAUGCAUCACAGUUUCUGAAUGUCACCAGGUCACGAGAGAGUGGAAAUUCGAUGCGUUCUCGUUCUAGUGGGAGCAGUGCGGAGGCUAAUCAGGUGUCUAGUGCUCGGGACAGUGGGAUACAAGAGGACGAGACUCGUCACCCUGCCUCGCCCAGCACCACUAGAAGGUACGUCCUUCAGGUGUUGCGGGAAAGGAGAGAGAGGGAGGAGCAGGGUUACAGGGACCGCCCAGUUUCUGUCCAGUCCCGCCCUCAGCACACUUUCGGAAGUCAUCCUGAUUUAUCUGCACAGGAGUAUGUUGACCUCAUGAACACCAGCAAAGAGAACAGUGUCUACUUGCCUUAUCAGUCUGGGCACAAGAUGUAUUCUUCUCUGUCAAAGAUACAGGCCAAGGUGCCUGAAAUCCGUAGUCCCGAGAAACCCCCGAGGAGAAUCAAAAUACGAAGGCGACCCGAUAAUCCAAAGAGUGCAAUAAAUUCAAAUUAUCUUCGCCCACUCACUCCACAUUUUCCAUUUUCGAGCACUCCAAGUCGUACAGCCUUUGAUGAACAAGAGAACUUAAGGCCCCCUCCACCCAACAGGAGAGGCAGAAUAAGGCCAGCAAGUUCCAUUGAUUUUACAAAUCGGGGAAGUGAAAGGAGGGAUGAAAUAUUGGAGGACUGGUCGUUUCAUGGGCCAAGUCUGAACUCCCCCAGGGAUCACCCGGGGGAGGGAAGGGCCAGGAAUGAGCUUCAUCUGUCUCUCCAGAGACUACUGGCAGAGAGAGAUAUGGAGGGCAGUCGGAGAGAGGAAGACACAAAUCCAUAUUUUCAGCCCCUCAGUACUUCUUCAGAGCCUGGUGGACCAACUGAGGACAGAUUUGCUACCUCCUCAUAUAAUGGAUAUCAGCCAGGUAGACCUGCUUUUCAAACAAAGAUAGUUGAAGACUAUGGAAUAUAUGGUGAUGAGGAUGAUGAGGAAGAAUAUGGAAAAGGUGGUUCUUUUCAUUCUCACAGUAAUCCAUUGAAAGAUAAAACUGAGACUCCUUAUGAGAAUUACCAUCAGAGAAGAACUUUACCAGAGGUCAAGAAUGUGACCUCAGAAGUUCAUCUGGGUCACAGAGAAAAACCUCUUCCUAGUCCUCGAAGAAAUGAUUCUCAAAAAUCUAGGAUGUCAGACACUACCUCCAAAUUGUCAGUGGAGAGACGAAGUUCUGGUGAAACGGGCGGUAGUAAACAGCUUAAGCCUGAACAUCUAGUGCCAGCGCCUUCAGAAAAUUCAGUCAGUGUUUCAAGUAAGAAAAAGGACAUGCAGCUAUAUGAAAUUGAAACUAAAGACUAUCCGGACAAUAGUAAAAGAAACUCUUAUGUGCAGGCUGAGAAACCUUCAGAAGAGGACCAUUCCUACAGCAGAAACAGUAUUAGAGCUUCUUCAGAUAUCAACAAGAAUGAUCUGAAGCUCGAUAUGAAAGGUGCAGGGAAUUUACCCAUGAGGACCUCCCCUCAUAUCGCUGAAUCCUCCACCCGUCCCAGCUCAGAUCCAGUCACACCAACAAAUGGACCCGUGUUAAGGAAUCCCAACAAACCUUCCAAAAAGUUGCCUGUCCCAAGCGGUCGGUUAAGUUACCCAAAUUUAGACCAGAUGCCUUCAGCCUCCAGGAUUCCCUCGCCUCCUGUCACCCCGACAGAUGGAAAGAGUCUGAAAGCUCUGGCCAAAGACACCAAAAUACCCAUGUAUAUGCCAAAAAAGAAGGAGAAAGGUGCCAAGGGGUCCAACGAAAACAUCUCCAAGUCAACAGAGGAUGUAUCCAAAGUCAAGAAAAAGACCAAGUUUGGAUCCAUUAAGAGUUUUUUCGGAAGAAAAAGGCCGGGCAUGGAUGAGAUGGGAACCGUGGAUGUGGUACUUGAAAGCUGAAUUACAAAUAGAGUUUGUAGUGUGUAGAAAACAUGCUAAUUCUCAUUCACGUCUAAUUCUUCUUCAAUACUAAAAUUAAUGAAUUGUAAUGAUAAAUUUCAAUAAAUACAAACAGAUAUUUAUAUGUUAACACUGUGGAUGUAUUCUUAUUGUUUCAAUUAAAUUAUGUAAAUUGGCCUUGGGACAGAUACUCAGAGAUAUGUCCUUCUGGGACAAGAUUCAACAUGUGAAUUCUACAGAAGAAAUGGCUUCAGCUGAUCUUGUUUUUAGUUCACUUGAGUUAUAAGGCACCAUACAAACAAUAUAAUAUGGGGCAUCUUGUGUAAGCCCUCCAGGAUUCAUAAGUAUUGUUGUCGGAUAGAGCUCCACAGCAGCCAGAUAUCAUAUUUAUUAAAUUGACAUAAUCUCUACAUGUAUUUACUUUGCUUUCUCAUUUUUCUCAAGUUUUGUAAUUGAGCUGUAGAGAAUGGCAAGUAUAGGACAAAAUAAUCUGUAGUUAUCUCCCUUUGCUGUUUGCUUCAUGCUAUUCAAUACUGUGCUUGCAUGACGUGUAACUGUGUAUUGCAUUGCAUGGUGCAGAUUUUCAAGUCUUAAGUGUUAUAACAGCUUAUCAUUUUGAAUGACAACCUUGUUGAUUGCUGGAUGAAGCUUAAGACAUUCAAUUUACAAAUUGCACAUGUAUUUGGAAUGGUGAUUAUACUUUACCAUGACUGCUUACAUUUUAACCUAUUUUAUAUUUGCCAAAACUUGAAAAAUGUGCAGAAUGCUUGUUCAUAAAUUACAAGGUAAUGGAGAGAAAACCUCCUUUUCAAUAUCUUUACAUGUCUGCAAUACCAGAGAACAUGCCAUAAUCCUGCAAAUACUAACAGCAUAUCAAGUCAUUUUAUCCUAUAUAUGUACAUGUAUUACAAACAAUAAGAGUAUUACCAAAAAAUUAUAUAAUCAUGAUAAUGGCUUGUCAGUAACAAUAUUUAUGUGAAAUUCAAAAUAUGGAAUUUUUUUUUCCAGCUUGAAAGAGCUCUAAUUAGCAUGAUAUUAAAUUAAAUGCAUUUCAUAUACCCAGAACAAUUAUCACAGCAUAAGCUAUUUACUGAAAUAUAUAACUAAUGGAUAAUGUUGCUUUGAUUUUUAGGAAAAUAUUUAAAGAAUUUUCAUCAGCUCAGGAUCUCAGGGAAACAGAAUCAUCAGAAGAUCAAAAGAAGAACGAGUUCCUGUUCACGGAAUGCUGGGUAGAGGAUGAUAUUAAUGUACCAACAAAGAACUGAAAAAUCAAACUUCUAUUCUGGUGUUAUGUUUCUGAAUUUUUUUCAGGAAGAGUGAAGAUGAACACUCAAGGCUUAUAACUUGUCAAGCAAUCAAAAAACAAGUGUAAUAUAUUCAUUUAAUCUCCAGAAGCAAAAUGUUUCUGUAUUUCAUCAACACUUUCGCCUUGAUUGAAUGAGAGCAGAGUUUCGGUCAGUGGUGGUUUGUGAUAUGCACAGAAAGUCAUGGUGUGGAGACUAUACACAAAUCCUGUGGGGUUUGUUUUGUGAAGUCAUUGCAAACUUUAAAACACAUUUUCAAUCAAAAGUUGUUUCACCCUCAACACAUUGUGUUGUAAAAGUUUGGUUUCACUUUGUGCUCAGUGGUUCUGCAAAUCAGUCUUUUCUGCAACUCAGAAUAAAUAACGUACUAUACAUUGAUUGUACAUCUUAAGGCAAAAGAACCCAAGGAUGAUUGUGUACUUGGAAGUUAAAAUCGGCCAUUUGUGUCAUGUGACCAAAAAAAGUAAA